UAAACAGCAGCAGAGGCAGAGCAGUUGUCCUCUCUGCUGGUUCACCACUAAAACAGGCGAAGUGAGCUGGACUGAGGUGCUCAGAGCUGCUGAUGGGAAGCCACGGUUACCGGUACAGCCUUUCUCCUGGGGAGUCCUCGCGUCCGCCCAGAGAAGGGAAGUCAAAGAGAUCACACAUACUGUGCGUUCUGCCCUGCACGGUGUCUCAGCUCCGGUCUGCCACCGAGCAGCAGGGCUCCUUCUUUAUACAGGGGAAGGAGAUCAACCAGGUGGGGGUGGUGGGCAUCGUCAGGAGAACCAAGCCGGCGGUGGCGUACGUUGUGUACUCGCUGGAUGACAUGACUGGACCUUCUCUAGACGUUAAACAGUGGAUGGAUCUCGAGGCUGCCAAUAUGAACGACCGUGUGAUUCCUCCUGGCACAUACAUCAAAGUGGUGGGCAGCCUGCGCUCCUUUGAGAACCACAGGUCCAUGGUGGCUGUCAGCGUCCGGCGUGUGGAGGACUAUAACGAGAUCACCUCGCACAUGAUGGAGGUAGUUCAGGCUAACCUGCUGAACGAUGGCAGCUCAUGCAGUGUGACGAAGAACAAGACCGUUACCACAAUAAUGAGCCUGUCCAGUUCAAACAAAUCAACUUCCUAUGGCUUUACUGCCAAUCAGAGCCAGGUUUUCAACCUGAUUAAAAGCUGUCCUCUGGCCGAGGGCAUCGCUAUGCAGAGCCUGAUGACCUCGCUGAAAUAUCUGACCACCUAUGACAUCAGGACCUGCUUGAAGUUCCUUAUAAACGAAGGCCACAUUUUCUCGACGGUUGACGACGACCACUUCAAGUCUACUUACAUGUAAACGACGGAUGUGAGCAGCAUCGGUUUCAGACCGGUGGGUUUGGGAGUAAGAGAGAAAGUAUUGAACUGUUAAAUCAUUUGAAAUUGUGAUGUAAUGCAAUUUGAGUUUUCUGAUCUGUUGUUCCUGCAGAUGUUUCUGAGAUCUUGUUUUGAACACAGCAUUGUGGAAGGAAAAAAAAAAAA